CCAUAUUGCUUCCGGACCAUCCUUUUGCUUCCCAUCCCCAUCCCCCUUUGCCUCCUCACGCUGUUUCCCCUCCCCCGCCGUCUCUCCCUUCAGUUUGCGUGGGUUUUGGCGAGGCGGAGCCCUGGAGUAAAACCUGGGGUCGGUGUUGUGAGACCCGGCCCUUGCGGUUGGGAGCCGGAGCUGUGGGGCGGGCUGACUGAGACUCCAGGGCCUGGUGCAGCCGAGAACCCCUCCCCUGUGCAGCUGCCCUGUCGCAUGGUCCUAGGAGUUUUUAAAAGCCAACUUUCUACAGGAAAGCAAAACUCCGGCGAAAGCAUGUCCUCCCUCCCUGGGUGCAUGAGUUUGGCUGCAGCGCCAGCUGCGGCGGACUCUGCAGAGAUUGCUGAGCUGCAGCAGGCAGUGGUUGAAGAGCUGGGUAUCUCUAUGGAGGAACUUCGUCAGUUCAUCGAUGAAGAACUGGAAAAGAUGGACUGUAUACAGCAGCGCAAGAAGCAGCUGGCAGAGCUGGAGACGUGGGUGCUGCAGAAGGAGUCUGAGGUGGCUUAUGUUGAUCGGCUGUUUGAUGAUGCAUCUAGGGAAGUGACUAAUUGUGAGUCUUUGGUGAAGGAUUUCUACUCUAAGCUGGGAUUACAGUAUCAUGACAGUAGCUCUGACGAUGAAGCUUCCCAGCCUACAGAGAUAAUCGAGAUUCCUGAUGAAGAUGAUGAUGUCCUCAGUAUUGAUUCAGGUGAUGCUGGGAGCAGAACGCCAAAAGAUCAGAAGCUUCGUGAAGCUAUGGCUGCCUUAAGAAAAUCAGCUCAAGAUGUCCAGAAGUUCAUGGAUGCUGUGAAUAAGAAAAGCAGUUCUCAAGAUCUACAUAAAGGAACCUUGGGUCAGGUGUCUGGAGAACUGAGCAAAGAUGGGGACCUGAUAGUCAGCAUGCGGAUUCUGGGCAAGAAGAGGACUAAGACGUGGCACAAAGGCACCCUCAUUGCCAUCCAGACUGUCGGGCUAGGAAAGAAAUACAAAGUGAAAUUUGACAACAAAGGAAAGAGUCUGCUGUCUGGGAACCAUAUUGCCUAUGAUUACCACCCUCCUGCUGACAAGCUGUUUGUGGGCAGUCGAGUGGUGGCCAAAUACAAAGAUGGAAAUCAGGUCUGGCUUUAUGCUGGCAUUGUAGCUGAGACCCCUAACGUCAAGAACAAGCUCAGAUUUUUAAUUUUUUUUGAUGAUGGCUAUGCUUCCUAUGUCACUCAGUCCGAGCUGUAUCCCAUUUGCCGACCAUUGAAAAAGACUUGGGAGGACAUAGAAGACAGCUCCUGCCGAGACUUCAUAGAAGAAUAUAUCACUGCCUAUCCAAACCGCCCAAUGGUACUUCUCAAGAGUGGCCAGCUUAUUAAGACUGAGUGGGAAGGCACAUGGUGGAAGUCUCGAGUUGAAGAGGUUGAUGGCAGCCUAGUCAGGAUCCUCUUUCUGGAUGACAAAAGAUGUGAGUGGAUCUAUCGAGGCUCUACACGCCUGGAACCUAUGUUCAGUAUGAAGACAUCCUCAGCCUCUGCAAUGGAGAAGAAGCAAGGGGGGCAACUCAGAACCCGUCCUAAUAUGGGUGCUGUGAGGAGCAAAGGUCCUGUUGUUCAGUACACUCAGGAUCUAACGAGUACUGGAAUCCAGUUUAAGCCCAUGGAGCCCCUGCAGCCUAUAGUCCCACCUGCCCCGCUUCCCAUGCUUCCUCUUUCCCCCCAGGCAGGCGACAGUGAAAGCUUAGAAAGCCAGCUUGCUCAAUCACGGAAGCAAGUAGCCAAAAAGAGCACAUCAUUCCGACCAGGAUCUGUGAGUUCUGGCCAUUCCUCCCCUACUUCGCCCACACUCAGUGAAAAUGUACCCCCUGGGAAAAUUGGAAUGAACCAGACAUACAGAUCACCUUCAGCCUCUGUAACAUCUACCCCAGCACCUGCAGCCCCUUCUGGGCCUCCAGCCCCUCCAGGGCCUCUUGCUCCUCCUGGACCACCGGCCCCUCCAGCUUUCCACGGCAUGUUAGAGCGGGCACCAGCUGAGCCCUCCUAUCGUGCCCCUAUGGAGAAGCUUUUCUAUUUACCUCAUGUCUGCAGUUACACUUGUUUGUCCCGGAUUAGACCCAUGAGGAAUGAACAAUAUCGGGGCAAAAACCCUCUACUGGUCCCACUAUUGUAUGACUUCCGGAGGAUGACAGCACGUCGCAGAGUUAACCGCAAGAUGGGCUUCCAUGUAAUCUAUAAGACACCCUGUGGUCUCUGCCUUCGGACGAUGCAGGAAAUAGAGCGCUACCUUUUUGAGACUGGCUGUGACUUCCUGUACCUGGAGAUGUUCUGUUUGGAUCCAUAUGUCCUUGUUGACAGAAAGUUCCAGCCCUUUAAACCUUUUUACUAUAUUUUGGACAUCACCUAUGGCAAAGAAGAUGUUCCCCUGUCCUGUGUUAAUGAGAUUGACACAACUCCCCCACCCCAGGUGGCCUACAGCAAGGAACGCAUUCCUGGCAAGGGUGUUUUCAUUAACACAGGCCCUGAAUUUCUGGUUGGCUGUGACUGCAAGGAUGGGUGUCGGGAUAAAUCCAAGUGUGCCUGCCAUCAGCUCACUGUCCAGGCCACAGCCUGUACCCCAGGGGGUCAGAUCAACCCUAGCUCCGGCUACCAGCACAAAAGACUAGAAGAGUGUCUGCCCACAGGGGUUUAUGAGUGUAACAAGCGCUGCAAAUGUGACCCAAACAUGUGCACAAAUCGGUUGGUGCAGCAUGGACUGCAGGUUCGACUACAGCUGUUUAAGACACAGAACAAGGGCUGGGGCAUCCGCUGCUUGGAUGACAUUGCUAAAGGCUCUUUUGUCUGCAUUUAUGCAGGCAAAAUCCUGACAGAUGACUUUGCAGACAAAGAAGGCCUCGAGAUGGGUGAUGAGUACUUUGCAAAUCUGGACCACAUUGAAAGUGUGGAGAACUUCAAGGAAGGAUAUGAGAGUGACGUCCCCAGCUCCUCUGACAGCAGUGGGGUGGAUAUGAAGGACCAGGAGGAUGGCAACAGUGGCUCAGAGGACCCUGAGGAGUCCAACGACGACAGCUCCGAUGACAACUUCUGUAAGGACGAGGACUUCAGCACCAGUUCAGUGUGGCGUAGCUAUGCAACCCGGAGGCAGACUCGGGGUCAGAAGGAGAGUGAACUGUCUGAGGUGACUUCAAAGGACUCCCGCGCCCCAGACCGUGGGCCUCCCCACGUCCCUAUCACUCCCUCAGGAUCUGUAGGGGGUUGCAAUCCACCUUCCUCCGAAGAGACACCCAAGAACAAGGUGGCCUCAUGGUUGAGCUGCAAUAGUGUCAGUGAAGGUGGAUUUGCUGACUCUGACAGCCGUUCCUCCUUUAAGACUAGUGAAGGUGGAGAUGGCCGUGCUGGGGGAGGCCGGGGAGAGGCUGAAAGAGCCUCUACCUCAGGAUUGAGCUUCAAGGAUGAAGGAGACAGUAAGCAAUCUAAAAAAGAGGACCCUGAGGACCGAAACAAGAUGUCAGUAGUUACUGAAGGCUCUCAGAAUCAUGGACACAAUCCUCCCAUGAAGUCUGAAGGGCUUCGCCGACCAGCUAGUAAAAUUUCUAUGCUCCAGAGCCAGCGAGUUGUGACUUCUACUCAGUCAAACCCUGAUGAUAUCCUAACACUGUCCAGCAGCACAGAAAGUGAGGGGGAAAGUGGAACCAGCCGAAAGCCCACUACUGGUCAGACUUCAGCCACAGCAGUUGACAGUGAUGACAUCCAGACCAUCUCUUCUGGCUCUGAUGGCGAUGACUUUGAGGACAAGAAGAACUUGUCGGGACCAACAAAGCGUCAGGUGGCAGUAAAAUCAACCCGAGGCUUUGCUCUUAAAUCAACCCAUGGUAUUGCCAUUAAAUCAACCAACAUGGCUUCCGUGGACAAGGGGGAGAGUGCACCAGUUCGUAAGAACACACGCCAGUUCUAUGAUGGUGAAGAGUCUUGCUACAUCAUUGAUGCCAAACUUGAAGGCAACCUAGGCCGCUACCUCAAUCACAGUUGCAGCCCCAACCUGUUUGUCCAGAACGUUUUUGUGGAUACCCAUGAUCUUCGCUUCCCUUGGGUGGCCUUUUUUGCCAGCAAGAGAAUCCGGGCUGGAACAGAACUCACUUGGGAUUACAACUAUGAAGUGGGCAGUGUGGAAGGCAAGGAACUGCUGUGCUGCUGUGGAGCCAUUGAAUGCAGAGGGCGGCUUCUCUAGAGGAAGACUCUUCCUCACUCUGAGGAUCCCUUCCCCAGGAACUGGGUCUUUCUGACUCCACGUCUCUGAUCUGGCUUCUCCCCAGCUCCUAGUAGAUAAAAGUGGGGGUCCUAGAUCAGGACGUUGCCAGCGUGGUGCUAGCAGGCACUAGGGUGGGAUGACCACCCUAGCAUCAGCCUGAGGUCCUUCUCAUCCCGUAUGUGUUCAUGAUUCACAUGCGCCGUGUAUCUGGUUUGUAUGGUUUCUUGAAAGUCUUCUAACAAGAUGAUAAAAUAGAGCUUGUGGUUUGUCUUCUCUCCUCAGCCCCAUCUUGACCUUCCAGGGAGAUGUCAUUUCCCAAUGGCAACUAUCAUUAGUUUACCCCUUGAUUUUAUUUGCCUUGUGUAAUUUUUAACAGCAACAAAAGUUCCAUGACCAGGAGGGAAGCCUAAGAAAAAUAACCCUUCUCAAGUCUUAAUAGUCUGACACAGUCAUGUUUUAUUUAACCUUUAAUAUACUUUAAUUAAAAAAAAUUAACAGUA